CAAAAUAGAAAUUUUGGGGGCAUACCAUAAACAUAUGAUAUUAAAAAUGAAAACUUCAAAUUAUAUAACGCUUCUUUCGAAUUGUCUGAGUGUGAUUACUAUUUCGAUAUGUUUUAUUUUAAAAGUCCCACAAAUUCUCACCGUUCUAAGAGUGAAAAAUGCCAGAGGAAUAAACGUUAUAGCCCUAUUGAUGGAACUUUCCAGUUAUACAAUUAUGAUGUCCUAUAAUUAUAGAAGUGGCUAUGCCAUCUUGAGCUACCUGGAAUAUCCAAUAAUAUUGAUCCAAGAACUAAUACUGAUAGCGUGCGUUCUUCACUAUAAAGACAUGCUUAAUUACUUGUCUCUUUUUGGAGCCAGCAUAUACAUUUUAAUUGCUGCUGCUUUUCUAUCAGGAACAGCGCCUCUGGGUCUUCUGGCUUUCUUAGUGCCCCUGUGUACACCUAUUGGAGCCUCAUCAAAAGUUGUACAGUUAGCAGAGAUCCUGAGAACCAAGAAUUCUGAAUCUGUUAGUGUCUUGACUUGGUUCAUAUCGGCAUUCACAAACUUCACUCGGGUAUUCACAAUAUCAGUCGAGUCCAUGGAUUUGACUUUGCUGCUGAACUUCAGCAUCAACACCAUCUUGAGUAGUUCUAUUAUGGUGGCUGCUUAUUUUUAUAAACACCCAAAGAAAGAGUGAUGGAGCUGUUAGGCAAGUUACCAGGAAUAGUUCCAAAGAUAACAUGGUCGAGUAGAUUAUAUCACAAUUUUUUGUUGUUUCCAGUUGGUGAUUUGUUUUUAUCAUUUGUAUUUUAGGGGAACUACGUA